UAUAUCCUCUGAAUGCCUCGUUGAUCAUCUGUCAGUGCUGGUGGUCUUCUGAUUAAAGUAUAAGAGUACCGCUUUUAUUCUCGGUGUAGUUUUACACAGAAAAAACAAAUAUUAUUUUACUUUAUAGAGAAAAAUGGCAGAAGAGGAUGAUAAUUGGGAUAACUAUUCGGAAGAUUCUGCAUUAGAAAACGUAUUCAGAAAACUACGAUUCCAAAUACCGACCUCAGAUCGUAAUUUAGAAGAAAGAUCACAAGAUGGAAAUGUGGACUCUAGUGUUGCAUUGCCCUGUGGUCAUCAAAUGCCAACAGACUAUGUUGUCGCCUAUUUCAAAUAUUAUAUUAAAAAGAAAGAGACUGCAUUUACCUGCCCUUGGUAUAAUGAGCGUGAGAAAAAAAACUGUGGAGCAAAGCUCUCUUAUCAGGAAGUCUGUGGACUGAUACAACUGACGACCAAACAAAGGGAAUUCUUAGAGGAGAACCUUGCUGCACUUGCUGCUAGACGUCUGUUUGACUUCAAAGCUUGUCCUGGAUGUCAGUCUCAUGUGGAAAGACGAGAUAAGAGAAAUCUGUGUGUGUGCUGCACAGUGUGCACAGCCAACAUGAACCGGACAUACCACUUCUGCUGGAACUGCCGGAGCGAAUGGAAGGGGGCGGUCCAAAAUGCUGUAUGCUGUGGCAAUAAUGACUGUGGAAAGAAAGGGAUACUUACAGAUCUGCUUGUAAAAUGCAAACCUGAGUUUAAAAAGGAAAAGAUGAAAAACGAGAGAGAUGAUAUUUAUCUAACAAAAGACAAAUCCUUGCAAAGAAAACGUCUGGCUCUGCUCAUCAACAAUGUUGAAUUUGAAUACUUAAAUACCAGGACUGGGGCAGAAGAAGAUGAGAGGAGUAUGGAGAAACUACUGAAUGCUUUGGAUUUUACUGUGGUGACACUCAGAGACCUCACUGCUCAGGGUAUGAGUGCUGCCAUGCGUGAUUUUGCCCAGCGAGAGGAGCAUUUCCAAUCAGACAGCUGCUUUGUGGUGUUCAUGUCCCAUGGAAAUGGCAGGGGAAUCGCUGGGACUUCAUUCAUAAAUAAUUCUAAUGGGGAAGAGGACAUUUUCUUGAUAGAGGAUAUUUUUAAUUUCUUGAACACUCCAAACUGUGCUGGCCUGCGAGACAAACCAAAAAUCAUCCUUAUCCAGGCGUGUAGAGGUGGUAAUGAUGGCAGUAUAAUCGUCCAGGACAGUGUGCCUGUGAACAAAGUAAAAAAAGAGCACAUUGAGAAAGACUUCUGCUGCCUGAGAUCCUCUACUCCAGAUACUGUGGCAUACAGGCAUACAAAGAAUGGCUCAGAUUUCAUCCAGGAUAUUGCAAAAGUAUUUAAUCAACAUGCCCACCACGACCACAUUGAGGAACUCUUCAGAAAGGUCCUUAAAAUGUUUAAGGAGAAACAUCCAGAUCAAAUGCCAUGCAAAGAUAGAACAACAUUAUCAAAGAAGUUCUACCUCUUCCCUGGGCUGUGAAACACAAUGACUAUACAACUUGAAAUCUCAUCUGCAUAUUAGAAAUGUGGUUAUGUAAGCAUUGUAUUUUUAUUAACUCAUGAAGUUUUAUAUAUGUUCUGAAAAAGUACAAAAAUGAAUAGGCCUAAUGAAAAAUAAAAAAAUGUAAAUACCUUAAUUUUAAAAAAAUAUAUUAUCAAUUAUUUUCAUGCAUUUAAGGACUCACAUCUUUAGAUAUGAAAAUAAUGCAAGUAUCCUUAUAGUUUUCCAAGAUAUAUGAUGGCUAUCAGGAAUAUCAUAAAACUAAGUCCCUGAAUGUAUUGUGCACAGUUAUCUUAAGAGGUGGGCUCAAAUUCAAUCAAGACAAUCAAAAUGUUCUUAAUGGAAAACUUUUUUUAUGUUGACCUUUCAAUAAAGUUUGUCUG